UCGAAGCUCUCAAGCAUGUACACACGCACAGGAAAGAAGAUUGGUUCUUGUAUAGAUAUAAUGGAAAUUAUGUGUACUUACUGCUUUCCACUGUCGCCUGUUACACAUCCCAACAUCAUCAUUAACAUCGCGUUCUCCUGUCAUGGUCAACGAGGAAAUUCCACGACAGAAUCCAACUAAAAAUUCUUGAAAAUCAACAAAAAGAAAAUGGAAAUCAAUAUGGCCUGCGGCAUUGACCCUGCUGGAAUUUAUUGUUCCGCGCCCACUCCUCCAUGAACCUUCACUUUCUGCUCCUUUCUUUCUUUCUGCAGAUUUCUGCACUGUACUCCACUGGCUGUAAUUAACUGUAAUCCGACAUUGAAUUCGGGGGAAGAAUAGUGGUCGGAAGAAGAAGCAGCAGCUAUGGCGCAGAAGGAAGAAUCCGGCACGGCUGCGGCGGCGGACACUAAGAAUGUUGUGAGCCCGAGGGUGGAAAUCGAUACCUCGCCGCCGUUCGAGUCUGUUAAGGAGGCUGUCGUCCGGUUUGGUGGGAGUGGCCCUUGGAUUCCCCACCACUUGCUCCGCCUUGCUCCUCCUCAUUAUCCUCCCCAAGAGCAAGAUGAAGUGUUGGAUCUAAACAAAAUGGAGGAGCAAGCAGUGAAGUAUGAGAGGGACUUGAUGAUGAAGGAGCAAGAAGCCCUUAAACUCCUAAGAGAAGUGGAAGCAGCAAAGAGAUUUGUUGAAGGACUGAAACUAAACCUAAUGGAGGAAGUAUCUGCAUUUGUAUCCACUACUCCUGCAGAAAAAACCCAAAUGCACAAACUCUCACUCAAUAACAAUCCAGUUCAUCAGUCUCCUGGGUAUGUUCUAAUGGAGUUAGACCAAGCAAAACUCGAGCUAAACAAGAUGUCCAUGGAUCUCGCCGUGAUCAGAACCUCUGUGGAGUCACUGAACAAGAAGAUGCAGAAAGAAAAAGUCCUUCUGGAGACUGAACAGUUCAAGAAAAUGGCCGAAGCUUCCAGGCAUGAAGUGAUGAAGGCAAUGUCAGAGAUUGAGAGGACAAAAGGCAGCCUCAAGCUUGCAGAAAUGAGGCUAAUUGCAGCCAAGAAAAUGGAGGAAGCUGCCAAAGCUGUGGAAGCCAUUGCCUUUGCAGAAAGGAAAGCUCUCUUAAACUGCAAAACCACCACUAAUUCUGCAGCAGAAGGGAGGAUAAUAACCCUCCCUUAUGAACAAUACUUUGCCCUCACUCAAAAGGCUCAGCAGGCUGAUAAGUUCUGCAACACAGACCAGAAUAUGGACAAGAAACCAGACAGUCCUAGGCUGCAGAAUGAUACCCUGACAGACAGAACUGAUGUUCCUGUCUUCAGAUCAUCAAUCUCAAUAGGAGACAUCCUUAGCAGAAAGCUGAUUCUGCAGGAUGAUCAUAUCAUGGUGGGGAAGCAUGUGGAGAGACACACUACCAAGGGACAACAUCAACAACAACAACAUGUUUCAUUCAGCCAAAUGCUACGAGAACAAAGCGGGAUCAUACUGAAUCCAGCAAAGUCGUCGGGGAAGGAUAAUGGGAGUACUACUGUGCACAAGCAGUUCAUUGCACAGAGGAAGAAGUUUGGGUUUAUCCAAGUUCCAAUUCCUAGGCACAACAAGAAAAAGGCUCAGUCUUUGAACCAGAGAUAACAUAUAGAUGUAUGUAUGUAUCAGACACAUUAUACUGUUCUUUCCCUGUGCUUGUGUGGUUUUUUGUUCACUUUUGGUUUGCUUCUCAUAUCAUUAACGUUAGAUUUGGAUGUGGUUUGUAGGAUUUUGUGUUGUGCUGGUAUUGCUCAGAGUUACUUAGCUUUUUUCA